UAUUGGUAUUUUAUUAACAAUUUGCAAAAAUAAAGAAUCAUAAAAUAAAACUUAAAAAUGUCAUUAAGAACUGACGAUAUCGAAGGAGCUCGUCCUAAAUAUUUUGAGAAGCAAAAACUAAUAGCAAAAGCUUAAUAGUAUAACAAUAAUUCGAAUAUAUUUUCACCACCAAACAUCAACUAGCAAAACAUGCUUAUGAGAAAUCCUGAUAUUUAUUCAUCAUAGGUGUUAAAUUAAAUUUAAUAGCCACCAUAAUAGCCAAGUCUAUAGUAGCUUGACUAAGGUAAUAUUAUUAACAAUGUAUAAGGAUCAGAGAAAUCGAUGUAUUAAAUAGAAUAUGGAAACUAGAAUCCUAGCAUACUAUAAAAUAGAGUAUCUUAGGACUAUAGUAGAAAUGCUGGUAGAAAUCCUAUUUAUCACUAUUCGUAAGAUUAGGGAUAUGGCAAGAUGAUGAGUGAAAAGCAAUACUAAGAAUAGCUAGUUAUUAGAGAAAUGAAAAAAUUUAAAGAACAGUAACAGAUUAUUGAAUAAGAUAAAAGGCGCAAGGAGUUAGAAUUAAGGGAAUUAGAGUUAUAAAGAAAAUAAAGAGAAUAGGAAUAGCUAUAAAUCUAUUAAUAGUAGCAAGAAGAAAAUAUGAGAUAGUUAAGGUAGCAAGAAUAAGAACGCAGAUAACAAGAAAUAGAAAAUUAAUUAAAGAAGUAAGAAGAAAUGAGAUUGCAUGACUAAAUGCUGUAAGAGAAAGAAAGAUAGAUUAAAGAAAAAGAAAUGUAAAUUUAAUAGCAACAAUAAUAGAGGAAAUCUGCAAACGUAAAUUAAAUGUCUAUCAAUUCAUAAGAAUUGCCAAAUAAUUUAUAUUCUUAAGAUGAUAUACUUGCUAAUUAGUAAAAUCAAAUGUCUCAACCUAGAAUUCCUUCAUCAAGCUAAAAUAAUCCACAACUACCUUCGAAUUAAUAUGGAGAUGCAAACUAUCCAGAUAUUAGAAAAACUCCUGUUGUUAGUAAGAAUUAGUAGAUUAAUUCAUCUUCCCCCCCUGCAAAUGCUAAAUAUUUCAAUACACCUCUGCCUUCUCAAUAUUAAUAAAUCAAUGCAGAUAGCAUGGAAAAUUAAGUAAAUCAAAUAUAGUAAUAACCUUCAAAAGUAAGUUAACUUGCUGCUAAAUAAAUACUUAGUCCAAUGUCUGCUCUAUUAAAGCAUAGUAAUGAAGUACCAGAUUAAAUUAAGUAACAAGCUCGUCAAAAGCAAAAACCAACAAGGAUUUUAGCUAUAAUAGAUAGUGAUAGUAAGAUGAGAGAACAAGUAAAUAAAUUCUUUAAUGUAAGAGGAGUUUAUGAGUUUGAAAUAUUUAGUCUUCCAGGAAGUGGUGCUGGGUUACUUUACGAUAAAGGAUGGAGAGAUACUUUCAUGAGUUGCUUUAGCUUCAUGAGACAACAAUACGAUUUUACUGACAUUUAUAUAUUUAGUUCUAUUGAGAGUGCUAUGGUUCCUUUCUGGUAUGAAUAAAAUAGUAGCUCAAGCUAAUCUUUAGAUAAGAUUUUAUUAAAAAAUUAUCAUAUUGAUGUACUAAAAUAAUCUGUUGGUAUCUUAUAGUAAAAUGUAUCUCAGGCAAUUAGAGUCUCCUCUUUCUUAUUUGAUAAUAGAGGCGGAUCUGAAAAAAUAUUAUGAUUUUACUUCAAUUUUGUAUGAAUAUAUUUCUUUUUUUUGUCAUUAAUUAUUUACAAUUAAUAAAAUAUCUUAAUAAAUUAAUGUAUUUUCAUCAAUUAUUUAUGGGCUAAUGUAUUUUGUAGUAGAAUAUAAUUGUUUAAAUAGCUCUC